AAAUAGAAAAACAAAAACAAAAAACAAAAAACACAUAUUAUAUUUUAUAUAUCCAACGAAAACUGAGUUUCCAUCUCCCAAGGGUCUGAACAUUCCAUUCCAAUACCAUUACCAUUACCACCACCUCCACACCUCUCUAUUUUUCUCAAAAGGGCUCUUUGGAUUUCAACUCCAGGCAUUUCAUUUCCUUAUACUCCUCGCUGGCUAUUUGGAAGAGCUAGGUUAAGUUGGAUGAUUGUGAGCUAUGAGCAGAGCAAUGAGUAACAAAUCACUGGAUUUUGGGAAGCCUGCUUCAGGUAAAAAAAGAUUAAAAGAUUUAUUGCUUCAAAAAGAUAAUCGUUAUUGUGCUGAUUGUGGUGCCCCAGAUCCUAAAUGGGCGUCAGCAAAUAUUGGAGUUUUUAUAUGCUUGAAAUGUUGUGGUGUGCACAGGAGCCUUGGUACCCAUAUAUCAAAGGUUUUGUCUGUGACAUUGGAUGAGUGGUCUGAUGAUGAAAUUGAAUCGAUGGUUGAAGUCGGAGGAAAUUCUUCUGCUAAUGCAAUUUAUGAGGCCUUUGUCCCUGGAGGAUAUGAAAAGCCUGGGCCAGAUGCCAGUCAUGAGCUGCGUGCAAAAUUCAUCCGGGCUAAGUAUGAGCUUCAAGAAUUUUUGAAACCUAGCCUGCGGAUUGUGUCACUUCCUUCUGAGAAAGGCUCUCUCAAGUCAAGUUUUUCUAGAAAGCUUAUGGAUAGUUUUCGGUCAAAUUCUUCUCAUAAUUCGGAAGGAAUGGUAGAAUUUAUUGGACUAUUGAAGGUCAAAGUGAUAAAAGGCACAAAUUUAGCUAUCAGGGAUAUGAUGACAAGUGAUCCAUACGUUAUAUUGUCUCUUGGGCAGCAGACUGUUCAGACAACUAUAAUAAAGAGCAACUUGAAUCCAGUCUGGAAUGAGGAACUCAUGCUGUCUGUUCCUCAGCAUUUUGGACCCUUGAAGCUGCGGGUGUUUGAUCACGACACAUUUUCAUCUGAUGAUAUCAUGGGAGAAGCAGAGGUCGAUCUCCAGCCCCUGAUAACAUCUGCAAUAGCAUUUGGAGACGCAGGGAUGUUUGGAAACAUGCAGAUUGGAAAAUGGCUGAAAUCACAUGACAAUGCCCUUAAGGAUGAUAGCACCGUCAACAUUAUUGAUGGCAAGGUGAAACAGGCGGUGUCUCUUAAGCUUCAGAAUGUGGAAUGCGGAGAACUAGAUCUAGAACUAGAGUGGAUGCCACUUGAUCAAUAGCUGUUCGAGAGCUUUGGCUCCUUCAACGUGCAUUCAAUCUUUUGAAUAUUGGACAAGUGAAGACGACCAUUAAGUGAGUACUACUAUUAUAUAACUUAUGGUAUUACCAGAUGUGACACAAGUAGGUAAGGUACGAUCUCAAAGUCAAAUUCUUUAAAAGAUGGCAACAAAAGAAUGGUGUAAAACAUAGGUAAACAUAAUGAAACUGGUUACACUAUCAAUUUCAUCCAUACUUUAGACGUCAUUUGGGGAAAAACGAAAAUUGAACAUUUCAU